AUGUUAAUUUCGUCCUCUAUACCGUCUAGCAACUCGCGCGCCGAAGCGUCGUCCAGCCACGCUCCUUCUAGGCAUGCCGCAGUCGAGGAUGGAGGCAGCGACGAAGAGGAGGACCUGCUAGCUUCGGACCCGCUGACUAGUAACCUAUCUCAGGGAAUCUCCUUUAAACGAAAGGCAAAGGCUCCUACAUCCGGCUUCUCGAUCCCGCGUUUCCUCUCCUCUCCCGCCCCUGGUAGUAAUUCCCACCAGCACUCGCCAGACUCUCGCCAUCGUCAGACGCGUGCCCGCCAUCAGGCCACCUCAACCUCCGAUUCUACCGCAGCAAUCCUCUCGUACCUUGACACGCCCGCAGACGGCGGUACCAGUCUCGAAGAUACCAAAGACGGCAACAGCUUGGACUGGUAUGUAGAAGGCCCUGGCCGCCGCGUCGGCUACGACGACCUCACGGCCAUCGACUGGAUCUUUGAGUAUGCCAAGGAGCGGCAGAGGCUACGGCUGUUAUACUCCAGUGCAAGUGGCCUGAUAGGACAUGUCAAACAGUUAGCAGACGCAAGCCAGAUAUGGUGGAUCUUGGUGGCUACGGGCAUAUCUGCUGGAUUGGUGGCUGCAUUCAUCGAUGUGGCUAGUGACUGGCUGGGUGAUUUGAAGACUGGACGUUGUAGAAAUGUCGAUGGGGAUGGCAAAUUCUAUUUGAACAAGGUGUUUUGCUGCUGGGGCUAUGAUUCCCUCGAUAAGUGCCAUGAUUGGACACCAUGGAGUAGCGCCUUAGGGGUGACCUCUAAAGCCGGGAGUUUCGUGGUGGAGUAUAUCUUCUUCAUUGUGUUAUCGGUUGCGUUUGCGGCAUGUGCCAGCGUUCUAGUCCAAACUUAUGCGAUUUAUGCGAAGCAUAGCGGGAUACCCGAGAUCAAGACAGUGUUAGGCGGCUACGUUAUCCGGCGCUUCUUGGGUGCUUGGACUUUGGUAAUCAAGUCAUUGGGCCUGUGUCUUGCAGUGGCGUCUGGUUUAUGGCUUGGCAAGGAGGGUCCUCUGGUGCAUGUAGCCUGCUGCUGCGCGAACCUCUUCCUCAAGUUGUCUGGAAGCAUUAACAACAAUGAAGCUCGGAAGCGGGAGGUACUCUCGGCUGCAGCCGCAGCAGGAAUCUCGGUCGCCUUCGGAUCCCCUAUUGGUGGUGUCCUGUUCAGCCUUGAGCAGCUUUCCUAUUACUUCCCGGACAAGACUAUGUGGCAGUCGUUCGUCUGCGCUAUGGUUGCAGCCGUGACCCUUCAGGCCUUCAAUCCCUUUCGGACAGGAAAGCUUGUCCUUUACCAAGUGACCUACCAUUCCGGUUGGCACCACUUCGAAAUGGUCCCUUUCGCACUCCUCGGCAUUCUUGGUGGCCUCUAUGGUAGCCUCUUCAUCAAACUUAAUAUGCGCAUCGCAGAGUGGCGGCGCUCUCAUCCCAUCUUCAAAGGUCCCGUUCUCGAAGUCAUUUUCGUUACGCUAAUAACCGCACUUAUCAACUUCCCGAUCAAGUUCAUGCGCGCUCAAGCCUCUGAGCUUGUUUAUGUGCUCUUCGCCGAAUGCGCCGACAUUCAAGAUGACCAGCUCGGCCUCUGCAAAUCCGGGAAGGCGAACACGGGGGUGAUAGUCUUACUACUCAUCUCCGCGCUCCUGGGCUUCUUCCUCGCCUCCCUAACCUUUGGGCUGCAAAUUCCAGCUGGUAUCAUCCUUCCAUCCAUGGCCAUUGGCGCACUCUACGGCAGAGCCGUCGGACUGGUCGUCGAUGUAUGGCAAGCCGCGCAUCCAGGAUGGAUAGUGUUCGCAGCAUGCGAGCCGGACAAGCCAUGUAUCACACCUGGAACAUACGCGAUCGUAGGUGCCGCUUCUGCGCUAGGCGGUGCCACCCGUCUCACGGUAUCCAUCGUAGUCAUAAUGUUUGAGCUUACUGGGGCCCUAACCUAUGUUCUUCCCAUCAUGAUUGCCGUCAUGAUCUCCAAAUGGGUUGGUGAUGCUAUCAGCCCGCGCGGCAUCUACGAGAGCUGGAUUCAUUUCAACGGCUACCCCUUCAUGGACAACCGCGACGACAAUAGCGCUAGUGUGCCGGAUGUGCCUGCCUCGAGUGUCUUCACCCGGAUAGAGGAUCUUAUCGUCAUCACAGGCACUGGUCAUACAAUUCAAAGUCUUAGAACUCUCUUAGCACGGCAUCCAUUUCGCGGCUUUCCCGUCAUCGAUAACCCAAGAGACGUGAUAUUGCUGGGCUACAUUUCUCGCACAGAGCUCGACUACGCCCUCGGCGUUGCCUUGUCCGCGCCACGCAACCUCUCGCCGGACACAGAAGCUCACUUUGCGCAUCAGCCGCUGAGUGAUCCGGCAACUAGUCUGGACCUCAGACCGUGGAUGGAUCAGACGCCUAUCACCUUGAACGCCAGGGCCGGACUUGGGCUGACGGUGAACAUGUUCAUGAAGCUGGGGCUGCGAUACGUAGUAUUCGUCGAGAAGGGCGCGCUGAGGGGCUUGUUGACCAAGAAGGAUGUUUGGCUUGUGUUGAGUGGACAGGAAGAGAGUAGUGCGCGCGGUCAGCUUAGAGAGGACGGCGGUGGAGUUGAGGAAAGGGGCUUACUCGAUGACGAGACGGGAGACCAGGAUGAGGAAGAGAGGAGGGGACUUGGAUAA